AUGAUCGAAGAAAUUUUGGAAAACUACAGAACUCUCAGGCCUACGAGGUACUCAUAUGCUGAUAUCAAGUGGAUUACAAACAAAUCUAGAGACAAGUUGGGAAAAGGAACAUUUGGAACAAUGUUCAAAGGAAAGCUCUUGAGUGAGAUCUUUGUUGCUGUAAAGAUGCUCAACAAUUCCAAUGGAAAUGGAGAAGAGUUUAUCAAUGAAGUGUCAACAUUAGGUUGGAUCCACCAUAUUAACGUGGUUCGCUUGGUUGGCUAUUGCGCUGAUGGAUUUAGACGAGCCUUAGUUUAUGAAUUUGCACCAAAUGGUUUCACUGCAAAACUCAUAUCGUCAGCAGACAGCAAGAACCAUUUUCUUGGUACCUAUGACGAUGAAGAGGCUGCAGCUAGAGCUUAUGAUCCUGCUGCCUUGAAAUAUUGGGGUCCUGGCACUCUCAUCAAUUUUCCUGUGAAACCUAUCCUGAGGACUAGCGCAAUCAAGCAAGACUCAGGGGCUACGACCCCUCCACAUAUCAGUAAGUACCAGUCUUCACGUGAUCGUAGCACUAAAGCGUAUUUAUCUACACCUAGUCAUGUCGUACAGACCACCAUAGGUGGUUCCGACUCGUGUGCAAGCAUACUUGUUAAGCUAUAG